AUGGACAUGAAUCCCCUGCUGCUGCUGCUGAUGCUUCUGAUGCUGUGGAGCUCAGAGUUUAUGAGGUUGGUGGGAGGAGCCAGUCGCUGUGCAGGCACACUGGAGCUGCAGCAUCAGGGAGAAUGGAGACCAGGCUAUGGUGGAGAUUCCUUUCAAAUGAAGGCAGCAGCCGCUGUCUGUGAACAUUUGAACUGUGGCUCUGCUGUUUCUUUACGAAGGAUAGAGAUGUCCUAUUCCAUAUCUAUGUGGCUACUUAGAGAGGUAUGUCAUCCUUCUGAUUAUGGUCUGCCAAGAUGUGUACUGUCAUGGGUUGGUUCUUCAGUCCGGGAGCUCACCUGUUCAGACUCUGUGAGGCUGCUGAAUGGGACCAGUCUGUGUUCAGGCAGACUGGAGGUCAACUACAACCCAUCUGACCAGUCCAAGCAGAGCUGGACCUCCGUGUGUGAAGCUGAUUUUGACCAGCAGGAUGCAGAGGUGGUCUGCACGCAGCUUGGCUGCGGGCCUCCCUCAGCCCUCCAGGGGGCACUCUAUGGAGACGUGGGGGCUCCAGUGUGGAGCAAAGAGUUCCAGUGUGAAGGCCAUGAGUCUACUCUCCUGGACUGUAGGAGCUCAAACUCUACUAGAAGCAGCUGCUCACCAGGCAAAGCUGUUGGACUCACCUGCUCAGAGCCUAUCAGGUUAGUGGGAGGAGCCAGUCGGUGUGCAGGUACACUGGAGUUGAAAAUAGGAGAAUGGAGACCAGUGGAUGGACCUAACUGGGCCCUGAAGGAAGCAGCUGUUGCCUGUAAACAUCUGGACUGUGGCUCUGCUCUUGCUAUAGAAGAUAGGCAGUCCUCAGACAGAGCUGUGUGGAGGAUAUCAUUGAACCAUGUUUGGAGUGGAUCCCCUCUGAGGGAGUUUGCAAGAUCCGCUAUCUCUUCCACCAUUUUGUAUCUCACAUGCUCAGACUCUGUGAGGCUGCUGAAUGGGCCCAGUCUGUGUUCAGGCAGACUGGAGGUCAACUACAACCAGUCUAACCAGUCCAAGCAGAGCUGGACCUCCAUGUGUGAAGCUGAUUUUGACCAGCAGGAUGCAGAGGUGGUCUGUAGGGAGCUUGGCUGCGGGCCCCCCUCAUCCCUCCAGGGGGCGCUCUAUGGAGACGCAGGGGCUCCAGUGUGGAGCAAAGAGUUCCAGUGUAAAGGCCAUGAGUCUACUCUCCUGGACUGUAGGAGCUCAAACUCUACUAGAAACAGCUGCUCACCAGGCAAAGCUGUUGGACUCACCUGCUCAGAGCCUAUCAGGUUAGUGGGAGGAGCCAGUCGCUGUGCUGGUAUACUGGAAGUGAAACUGGGAGAGUGGAGACCAGUGCAUACAUUACACUUGACCCUGAAGGAAGCAGCUGCUUUUUGCGAACAUCUGGACUGUGGUUCAGAUGUGUCUGUAAAACAGAGCGAUUCUUCAAACAGACCUCUGUGGGCUCCCAGACCUUACUGUGGACUUACUUAUUUUUCUGCGAUGGGGUGUUUAAAACACACAAUCAUUAUCAGUACAUCAUGGAGGUCUCCUCCAGUCCUGGAGCUCACCUGCUCAGCCCUCACCACUCCGCAGUCUUCCCCCCAGCCCACUGACAGCAGGCAUCAUAAUGCCCCUCCCAGCUUCCGGCACCUUUCACCACUCUGGCAGAACACUCCAAACAACAUGGCUUUGCGAUCUCCCCAGCAUGCAGAGUCUGAUGUCAAGGCCUUCCCUAUAGAUGAUUCCAGAGACUCUGUGAGGCCACUAUUACAAGGCAAGUUCUAA